UAAACCUCGCAAAAGCCCAACCCAAACCCUAGCACCUCUCAUGGAUUUCGCUCGCCGGAAGGCGGCGGCGCUGGCCGCGCUCUCAUCGCCGGCGCCAGACAAGUCCCCGAAGGGCGGAGUGGACGCUCCCAUCGCCCCGCUCCUCGAAGUGCUCAACUCCCACCCGGACCUUUUCACUACCUCCUCCUGCUCCGGCCGCGUCUCCGUCCUCGCGCAGCCGCAGGAGGGCCAAGGCCAGGGCGCCGCCAAGCCGAAGAAGAAGGCGCGGGGCGGCGGGUGGGUGUACGUGUCUCACGAUCCCGCCGACCCGGACGCCGUGGUGGAGCAGCUAUUCGGCCGGAGCGGCUCGGGAGCGGCGGGGGACGAGCUGGUGCUCAGGUUCGAGCCGAUGAUCGUGGCGGUGGAGUGCAGUGACGCCGCCGCAGCUGCCGCGCUCGUUGCCGCUGCGAUCAGUGCUGGGUUCAGGGAAUCAGGUAUCACAAGCUUGCAGAAACGAGCAAUGGUGGCAAUAAGAUGCUCGAUUCGUAUGGAAGUGCCACUGGGGCAGACUGGUGAACUUGUUGUUUCUCCAGAGUAUGUCCGUUACCUUGUUAGAAUUGCCAACUCUAAAAUGGAGGCAAAUAAAAAGCGAAUGGAUAGAUUUCUAGAUCUUUUGCAGACUAAGGGUUUGUCAGGUUCAUCAGCGGGGUCAAACAAUUGUAAUGGAAGUCAGCCUGUUGAUCACAGCGCUUCCUUGGGUCGUGAAGUCAAGAUGCCAUUGGGUAAAGGUGCCAAGAACAAUGAUGAAUACUUAGUUCCAAAAAGGAGAAAUGGUGGUAACAACUGUGAUUCUGAUGAUAGAGGUGAUAGUGAAAUUGGGAAGGGUUCACUAGAAGCACAGUGUUUUGAAAAUCAAAACUCUUCAUGGAGCAAGGGUGUCGACCAUGGUUUUGGUAAUGCUAAACGAUUAACGCUGGAGAAGUUGCCAGGAAACAAAAAUUAUCUAUCUACUGCUGCAUUGAAGAUUAGUGGUGAACCAAUUGAGAAGCUCUUCUUAUGGGGCCAAUCAUCGUGUGUGUUUACUGUUGGAGGAGAGCAAUGGGUCCUAACAUUUGGUGGAUUUGGAGGACCAGGAAGGCAUUCAAGGAGAAAUUGUUCCCUUCUGCUUGAUCACAAAUCUGGUUUGUUGACAGAAAUGAUCUUUAAAGAGUCUCCUUCACCACGGAUGGGCCAUACAGUUACUUCUGUUGGUAAUAGCACUUAUGUCAUUGGAGGUAGGGGUGGUCCUUCAGAAAUUCUUGAUGAUGUCUGGGUUUUACAAAGCGCUGAGAAUACCUGGUUAAGACUGGAGUGCAGUGGAAAUAUCUUCCGUCCAAGGCACCGGCAUGCUGCAGCUGCAGUAGCUUCAAAAAUAUAUGUCUUUGGUGGACUUAGUAAUGAAGGCAUAUAUUCUUGCAUGAAUGUAUUUGACACGAAAAGUAAGCAAUGGAGCAUGCUUCCUGCUGCUGGUGAAUGGCCAUGUGCUCGGCAUUCACAUUCUCUGGUGUCUUAUGGCUCAAAGCUAUUCAUGUUUGGAGGUCAUGAUGGUCAACAGGCACUGAAUGACUUCUACAGUUUUGAUACAACAACACUCAGGUGGAACAAGGAAAGCACAAAUGGGGGAACUCCGUCACCUAGGUUUUCACAUUGCAUGUUCAUCUAUAAAAAUUAUCUUGGGAUACUUGGUGGUUGCCCUAUUACAGGAAACAAUCAAGAAGUCACAUUGCUGAACUUAAAGCAUGGAGUCUGGUUUUCUGUUUCCAUUCCCAUGUUGAGCCAGUGCCUCUGUGUCCGUAGCUCCUCAGUUCUCAUCGAAGAUGAUCUUGUUAUUGUAGGUGGUGGUGCAUCUUGCUAUGCAUUUGGGACCAGAUUUAAUCAACCAAUAAUAGUUGAUCUGCAUUCAGUGGACUCUAUGUUUAAACUUGACAACAAGGAUGGCACACUUACACAAAGCUGUGUUGCAACGUCUACUGUUGACUUAUCAAGAGAUGAAAGCAUCAUUGGUCAUGAUAUGAAAUCACAAAACGAUGCUUGUUCUGGUGGUUUUACUGAUUCAGGCCCUCUGAUUCUUCAGCUGGAAAAAAAGUAUGCCAAAUUAGCAAAGGACAUUCUGAAAAAGUUUGGAUGGUUGGAUCUUGCUAGAAAAGUUCGAGUGAGCCAUGAUAACAGUCAUGUUCUCUUUCCUGUUAAUGAAGCCUUCCAUGUCCUAAACACUGAUAAGCAUAGCAAGAUGGAACAUGAUUCGUGUACCCUUGGAGAACCAUUGGCGUUUACUGAAAAUAAACUUGCAGGAGACAACCUAUCUCUUCAAAACGCAUUAAAAAUUCUGUCAUCUUGCAAUGGUUCCUUUUUGAAAGAUGAGCUAGCAAUCAGCCGAAAGCCUUCCAAGUCUCCUCAAACCAUAAUGAAAGAACUUGUAUCUCCUCUACUGGGAAGUAAAGGAAUGUCCUCUCAGUUGUUGGAGCAACUCCCAGCAAGGUGGGAGACACUUGGUGAUAUCAUCAUACUCCCGAAGACAUGUUUUAAGGAUCCAUUGUGGGAAUCAGUUAGCGAGGAACUUUGGCCACUAAUUGCCAAGUCACUCGGUGCACAACGUCUUGCACGUCAAGGUAAAAUCAUGCCAAAUGGUACAAGAGAUAGUACGCUGGAACUUCUUCUGGGCAAUAAUGGAUGGGUUACCCAUCAUGAAAAUGGCAUCCGCUAUUCGCUUGAUGCAACAAAAUGUAUGUUUUCUUCUGGCAAUCGUUCAGAGAAGCUUCGCAUGGGACAGCUAAACUGUAGAGAUGAGGUGGUUGUGGAUUUGUUUGCCGGAAUCGGAUACUUUGUUCUUCCAUUUCUUGUGAAGGCUAAUGCUAAGUUCGUUUAUGCAUGUGAAUGGAAUCCACAUGCUCUGGAGGCUCUUCGACGCAAUGUUCGUGACAACCAUGUAGAAGACCGAUGUAUUAUACUUGAAGGAGAUAACCGUGUGACUGCACCCAAAGGUGUUGCUGAUCGAGUUUGUCUCGGAUUGUUACCCUCAAGUGAAUGCAGCUGGGCCACUGCUGUUAGAGCUUUAAGGGUUGAAGGAGGCAUAUUGCAUAUACACGGGAAUGUUAAUGACUCAGAUGAGACACGGUGGCUGGACAGUGUUGUUGAAUCCAUCAGUGAUAUUGCUAAAGCUCAUGGACUGCCUUGGAACAUCUCUUUGGACCAUGUCGAACGUGUGAAAUGGUAUGGGCCGCAUAUUCGACACCUUGUGGUUGAUGUUAGAUGCCGGCCAAUCUAACAAAGCAAACGCCUUGAGCAAUGUGUUGUGUACUACCGGGGCCUUGUGAUGCUGGGCACAUUGUUGCAGAUUGUAUUGUACAACAGUUUUGUUCAUUUACUCUCUUACUAGCCAUCAGGGAGUGUCUGUUGUAAACUUAAAAGCAUGUUCAUGUUCGACAAUUUGCAACUGCAUAGCUACAGCAAAGUUGUGUUCAUUUACGGAA